UUGUUGGCGAGAGAAAGGCGCGAAACCAGGAGCCGUCAGCAAAACCCGCCAAGAGACGGCGUAACGUGGUGUCUGCAGCAUUUCUAGCUUGGAAUAUUUUGUAUUACUUUUCAUCCUUACAAUGGGAAUACACGGUUUGGCCAAGCUUAUUGCCGAUGUAGCCCCUUCAGCCAUCAAGGAGCAUGACAUAAAGUCUUACUUUGGGCGUAAGGUGGCAGUGGAUGCCUCUAUGUGUAUCUACCAGUUUCUAAUAGCGGUACGACAAGAUGGCAACAUGCUUCAGAACGAGGAUGGUGAGACCACCAGCCAUCUAAUGGGCAUGUUUUACCGCACAAUUCGCAUGGUCGAACAUGGAAUCAAACCUGUCUAUGUGUUUGAUGGGAAACCUCCUCACCUGAAAUCAGGUGAGCUGGCCAAGCGUAGUGAACGCAGGGCGGAGGCGGAGAAACUGUUGGAGGCUGCCCAGGAGGCCGGAGAAGUAGAGAACAUUGAGAAAUUCAACAAGAGGCUUGUGAAAGUCACCAAACAACACAAUGAAGAGUGUAAGAUGUUGCUUAAACUGAUGGGCAUUCCUUAUGUAGAUGCUCCCUGUGAAGCAGAAGCUACGUGCGCCGAACUAGUGAAAGCAGGCAAAGUCUUUGCAGCUGCUACAGAAGACAUGGAUGCAUUGACAUUUGGAACCCCAAUACUUCUAAGACACCUCACAGCUAGUGAAGCCAAGAAAUUGCCUAUCCAAGAAUUUCACCUGAGCCGUGCUCUUGAAGAUAUAGGCAUUUCUCAUGAUCAAUUUGUGGAUCUUUGUAUUCUCUUGGGCAGUGACUACUGCGAGACAAUCAGAGGUAUUGGACCCAAGAGAGCUAUAGAAUUGAUCAGGCAGCACAAGUCUAUUGAAGAGGUCAUGGAUAACAUUGACCUUAAAAAAUACCCGGUACCUGAAAACUGGCUGCACAAGGAAGCUCGACAGUUAUUCCUAAAGCCUGAGGUAGUAGAUACAGAAAGCUUGGAACUGAAGUGGACAGAUCCAGAUGAGGAGGGACUUGUGGCCUUCAUGUGUGGUGAGAAACAAUUCAACGAAGAUCGUAUCCGCAACGGAGCAAAGAAGCUUUCAAAGAACAGGCAUGGCAGCACACAGGGUCGUUUGGAUGACUUCUUUAAGGUAACUGGAUCCAUCUCUUCAAAAAGAAAAGAGACUGAACUCAAGGGAUCAGCAAAAAAAAAAGCCAAAACAGCAAGCACCCCAAAAGGCAAAUUUAAGAAGGGCAAGUGAAUGCAUGAGUGGGGGGCGGGGGAUAUGAGGACUGAUUGUUUAGAGGUUUUCUGA